UCAGCGUCAACAGAAAACAAAAAACCAAAAACAAUAAACGAAAAUGAAAGCGGGCCGCGCUUUUGGCUGCCUCUUUUGGGCGUUGCUCUAUUGUGUGCUUUAUUUGGAUUUGGUCAACGCCAGCAGCGAGGAUGAGCUAAUGGAUUUCGAUUUUGCCGAAGCUGCUGUCAAAGACGGCGACUCAACAGCUUCGCUAGAGGACUGGCUGCUGGAUGAUGACCAACAGCAGCAGCAGCAGUCGCAGCAGGCGGAAAAGAAACUCGAGGACAAUAUGCUUGAUUUUAGUGUGGAUCUGGAUGAGCCGGAGCCGGAGAAGCAGCUGCCCCAAUUUGAUUGGCGUGAACGGGUGCUGCGCACUGCCUUGGCCAAGGCCUUAACGGAUCGGGCACAGCGCCAGAAAUUUGCCGAAGUGAUGCCCAUUUUGCGUGUUCUAUCCUCACAGCAGCGGUUGGCACUCUCCGCCCUCAUCUCGGCCCAAAUGAAUGCCAAGCAGGGGCAUGAGCUACGACUGGAGCAGGUUCGCAUGAUGUUUGGCAAUGAUCGCAAGCUGCUGCUACCCGUUGUCUACGAUCUGGCCAACCUGGUCAAGAGUUCAGCACGCAAAUACAUCAAACUGGGCAGCGAGAUGGCAGCGGCUGCCUUGCGCCGCAAAGAUGAGCUAACCGUCGAAGAAUCGGAGCAGGAUGAUAGCGUGGGCACCAUUGAUGUGAGUGGACAGGCUGAGGAUGGUCUGGAGGACUUUUUCGAUGAGAUGCAAGCGGAGGUGCUCGAUCCACAGAUGAUCAAUGAGGCACUGCAACAGGCGGACAAUCCACCGCCCACCGCCAGUUUCAACUCCAGUGCGACUUCGAGUCGUGUGCGUCGCUCUGCCAAUGAAUUUGUGCACAAGUUGACACGCUCGGCGCCCAUUUCGGUGUCGGAGCAGCAGUUGUUGGGUGGUGCAGCUGGACGCACCAUCAAACUGAAUACGACUGCCUUUCAGCAGCCCAGCGUUGCAGGCACACAGCAGCCAAGCACCGCCAGCAGCACUAGCACCACUACAACCACCCUGAUAGUAACGCCAACUCCAUCUUAUGAGGAAGUUGAGAAUCUGGCUUUUGCUGGUCUAAAUGGCACCGAGUUGCCUUUGGGUGCCAUUGAUCGACAAUAUCAGGUGGGUGGUGACAACAGCAGCGCUGAGGAACCACUGCCCAAUCCCGAGGAACUCAUCGCCGGUCCGCGUUAUCGCCUCAACAACCACAAGCGUCCGAGUCAAAAGUUGCCUGCCAUUAAGCGCAAACGGGUGCAGAGUCCAUCGUAUGGCCGGGGACGACCCAAAACAUCGGCCAGCUCUCACAAUCCGGUGGUGCUGCCCACGCACAAGAAAUGCGAAAGAUUUACGAACAAUAUGUGCAUACGCACCGACGACUAUCCGCUGUAAGAUCCACUUCGUUAGCUUGUUGGUUUCCCGGUUCCCGUUUAUCCUUCCACAACUUCUUUAAACUAGUUUAGUUUAGUUUUAGUCACGAA